AUGGUGCAGUACCUCGCGACCCAGUACGGCGGCGAGCCCAACCCACUCAACACUACCGGCCUCUGUCUGCUGUCGCUCGACGGCGGUGGCGUGCGAGGGCUGUCGACCCUCUACAUCCUCAAGAGUCUCAUGGCGCUACUGAACCACCAGCGCCAAAGCGACGGCCUUCCUCAAGUAAAGCCAUGCGAGGUGUUCGACCUCAUCGGUGGCACAAGCACGGGCGGGCUUAUCGCCAUCAUGCUUGGCCGGCUAGAGAUGGAUGUAGACACAUGCAUCGCAUCAUACAGCGAGCUGAUGAAGACUGUAUUUGAGGAGAAGUCUAGCUGGUUUCCUGUCAGCUGGAGCGGGAAAGUGAAGGCGCGGUUCGACUCGGCGAAGCUGAAAAGCGCUAUAGAAGAUGUGGUGUCUAACAACGGCGCUUCUCCAACAGACGCUUUCAAUGAUGGCAAGGAUCGUGGAUGUCGCACGUUCGUCUGCGCGACAGCAACGGAAACUGCGGGCGUCACACGUCUGAGGAGCUACACUUUACCCGACGAGGGCGAGAUCCCAGCGACCAUCUGCGAGGCCGCGCUGGCGACGUCUGCGGCGACGGGCUUCUUCAACCCCAUCUCGAUUCGAUCGCGGCAGUUUGUGGACGGUGCGCUGGGCGCGAACAACCCUGUGGACGAGGUGGAGGGCGAGGCGGCCAACAUCUGGAGCGGUGAUACAGGCGACCUAAAGCCACUGGUCAAGUGCUUCGUCUCGAUCGGCACGGGAAACCCUGGCAAGAAGGCGCUCGAGGAUGACAUCGUCAAGUUCUUGUCCAGGAGCCUAGUGGGGAUCGCGACAGAGACGGAGGAGACGGAGAGGAAGUUCAUCGCGCGAUGGGCUAAACACUACGAUGAGAAGCGGUACUUCCGCUUCAACGUCGAUCAGGGGCUCCAGCAGGUCGGCCUCGCUGAGUACAAGGAACAGGGCAGGAUAGAAGCAGCAACGGACGAGUAUCUGCGACACCAAGCGCAGAAGUUUCGGGUGCGGGACUGCAUUAAGAACCUGCAGCAGAAGCAGAGCAGAACAGAGUCAACUUUUAGCCUGGUUAUUAGUGAGUACACGAUGCGGUGCAUUACAAAACGGCAGAGAGGGGGAAACGCGCACUGGAUAGUGCCCUGUCCAGUUAACAGUCUGUUCACUGGGCGCGCUGAGCUCACAGAUCGGAUCCAAAGCGCCUUGCGCAACGAGCCAGGCACGCCUAAGCAGAAGAGGCUGGUCAUUACGGGCAUAGGCGGCAUGGGGAAGAGCGAGGUGUGCCUUAAGAUCGCAGACGCGAUGCGAGAAGACUUUUGGGGCGUGUUCUGGGUCGACGUAAGCAGCCCGUCGACUGCCAAGAACGGCUUCUUGGCCAUCGCAAAGGCGCUCGGAUCGUCUGCCGAGAGCAUCGACGAGUCGCUCCAGGCGCUUGCAAACAUAAAGGAACGCUGGCUGCUUGUCCUAGACAACGCUGACGAUCCAGCAUUCGACUAUGCAGCGUACACUCCGUCUGGCACACAAGGCGCAGUGAUCAUAACGUCGCGCGUCCCUGAGUGCAGCCAGUACAGCACGCUUCCUGCCGAAGCGCUCGAGGGCCUGGAGGAAGAGCACUCGAUGCAGCUUCUGCUCAAAGCCGCCCGCGUGCCAGAAGCGUCGUGGCAGUCUUGCAAAGAGCAGGCGAAGGCUAUCGUGGAGCUGCUAGGGUCACAUACGCUUGCGCUGAUCCAGGCAGGGGCGUAUAUUGCAGAAGGGUACUAUCGACUAGACCAGUAUUGUGCAAAGUACAAGCGGCUGCACGAGCGGCUGCUGAAGCACUAUCCUAAGCAACAGCAGUCGAGGUAUCGGCAUGUUUACGCGACUUUUGAAGCAUCUGUCAGAGUGCUAAACGAUUCUGAGGAUGAAGUGGGCCGAGACGCGUUAGACUUGCUUGGGGUCCUUUCGAUGCUACACUCUAGCGUGCUGCCACUUCAAGUCUUUCCAGGCGCGUGGAAAGGAGUUCGGCAGGUGCUUCAGGCCAACGACGACCAGACAGACAAGAUGGAGGCUCUUGGACGAUGGCACGUAUCCCAGCUGCCUGAGUUUAUCGACAGACAAACAGACGAGUGGGAUGACCACCGGCUCAACAGAGCCAGCGCUCUGCUUGCCUCGCUUUCGCUGGUGACAAGACACCGCUUGGACGACCUAGACGGAUUGUCGAUGCAUCCGCUCGUGCAUGCGUGGGCGAAAGACCGGCUGGGCCAGGAGCAGCACCAGAUGGCGUGGGAGGAGUCAGAGACGUGGCAAUCUUUUCUCCCGCCCAGUGUCGAGGAGAUCUUUUCGUUUGGCCCACCAGGGACCAUGUUGCCUAUCUUGCUGAAGUGCGGCUGGGUACUGAACAGGAUGAGAGAGGAUAACAGGCUAAAGUCGUUGCUAGAGAGCCUCUAUGUUGUUCUUAAGAUCACGCCGUCGGAACCGUCACCAGAGCACAUACGGAUAUGGGAUCUCGCGGCAAUAAGUCUAGGAUACUUAGGCCACGCUAGGCAAGCCGUAGGGCUGCUGGAGCACGUAGUCAAGACUCACCCUGAUCGGCUGGCAUCACAGCAUGCGCUUGGUUUUGCGUACCAGGCGAAUAGGCAGAUGAAGGAGGCCGUAGGGCUGCUGGAGUACGUGGUCAAGGUCCAGGAGACUAUGCUGGCAGAGACUCACCCUGAUCGGCUGGCAUCACAGCACACGCUUGGUUUUGCGUACCAGGCUAAUAGGCAGACGAAGGAGGCCGUAGGGCUGCUGGAGCAUGUAGUCAAGGUCCGGGAGACUACGCUGGCAGAGACUCACCCUGAUCGGCUGGCAUCGCAGCACGUGCUUGCUAGUGUGUACUGGGCGAAUGGGCAGAUGAAAGAGGCUGUAGGGCUGCUGGAGCACGUAGUCAAGUGCAAGGUGUAUGCUGAGUGCUGCAGCGGUCUGUACUAA